UGCCUUGCCUCUCAGCGCGGCGGCGAGGGCCGGGCAGCGCUGUAACUGGAAACCGGAGCCUUCACCGUCACCGCGCGGCCACUUUCCAUUCACUUCUAGGUGCUUCAUUGAGGGCUGGGGAGAAGCGCUCCCGGUGCCUUAGGAUUAUUUUACAAAGGAAUUGGGAGUACCUUUGCUACCACGAGGAAGAGAGACUUUUCUUUAUGGUUUCAUUUCUUGGAUAUUAAGUUGCAAAUCUGAAGAGAUGGCAUUUCUUGUACUGCACGUGGUGAUUGGGAUAUUUAUUUACUUUAGCAGUGUAAAAGGAUCUUCCCAGCCUCAAGCAAGGGUGUUUUUAACAUUCAAUGAGCUUCAAGCGACGAAGACCUCUGAAUAUCACAGAAUAUCACACAGUCCUCUGGAUUACAGGAUAUUAUUAAUGGAUGAAGAUCAGGAUCGGAUCUAUGUGGGCAGCAAAGAUCACAUUCUGUCUUUGAAUAUCAAUAAUAUAAGCCAAGACCCUCUUAGUAUUUUGUGGCCAGCAUCAGCAAAUAAGGUUGAAGAGUGCAAAAUGGCUGGCAAAGACCCUACGCAUGGCUGUGGAAAUUUUGUGCGGGUGAUACAGUCAUACAAUCGCACACACCUGUACGUCUGUGGCAGUGGAGCCUUCAGCCCAGUGUGUGUGUAUGUCAACAGGGGACGCAGGUCCGAGGAACAGAUCUUCAAGAUUGACUCCAAGUGUGAGUCAGGGAAGGGACGCUGCUCUUUCAACCCAAAUGUGAACACAGUGUCUGUUAUGAUCAAUGAAGAGCUUUUUUCAGGAAUGUAUAUUGAUUUCAUGGGGACAGAUGCCGCCAUUUUUCGGAGCCUGACCAAGCGGAACGCUGUGCGAACUGACCAGCACAACUCCAAGUGGCUGAGUGAGCCUAUUUUUGUAGAUGCUCAUGUUAUACCAGAUGGCACUGACCCCAAUGAUGCCAAAAUCUACUUCUUCUUCAAAGAGAGACUGACAGACAACAGUGGCAGCACCAAGCAAAUUCACUCAAUGAUUGCAAGAAUAUGCCCAAAUGAUACAGGUGGUCAGCGUAGUCUUGUGAACAAAUGGACUACAUUCUUGAAAGCAAGACUGGUGUGCUCAGUAAUGGAUGAAGAUGGAACAGAAACAUACUUUGAUGAAUUAGAGGAUGUGUUUCUUUUGGAGACAGAUAACCCCAGAACAACGCUUGUAUAUGGAAUUUUUACUACAUCAAGCUCCAUUUUUAAAGGCUCAGCUGUGUGUGUGUAUCAUUUAUCUGACAUCCAGACUGUGUUCAAUGGGCCAUUUGCACACAAGGAGGGCCCAAACCAUCAGCUGAUUCCAUAUCAGGGCAGAAUUCCAUACCCACGACCUGGCACUUGUCCAGGAGGAGCCUUCACACCCAAUAUGCGGACAACCAAAGAGUUUCCAGAUGAUGUUGUGACCUUCAUUAGAAAUCAUCCUUUGAUGUAUAAUCCCAUUUACCCAAUACAUAAGAGGCCAUUAAUCAUCCGGAUAGGAACGGACUACAAGUAUACAAAGAUUGCUGUGGACCGAGUGAAUGCUGCUGAUGGAAGAUACCAUGUCUUGUUUCUUGGAACAGAUCAAGGAACUGUACAAAAAGUUGUUGUCUUACCCACCAACUUCUCUGCAAGCGGAGAACUCAUUUUAGAAGAGCUGGAGGUUUUUCAGAGUAACUCUCCUAUAACAACAAUGAAGAUUUCAUCUAAAAAGCAACAGCUGUACGUGAGCUCAGAGGAAGGGAUCACACAGGUCCCCCUGCACCGCUGCCACAUCUAUGGGACCGCCUGUGCUGACUGCUGCCUUGCCCGGGACCCUUACUGUGCCUGGGAUGGCAACUCCUGCUCCAGGUUCUAUCCCACAGGGAAAAGGAGGAGUCGUAGGCAAGAUGUGAGACAUGGAAACCCUCUGACUCAGUGCCGAGGUUUCAACCUGAAAGCAUACAGAAAUGCAGCAGAAACAGUCCAAUAUGGAGUGAAAAACAACACCACCUUUCUUGAAUGCACACCCAAAUCUCCUCAGGCUUCUAUUAAAUGGCUGCUACAGAAAGAUAAUGACAGGAGGAAAGAGGUUAAGCUGAAUGAGAGGAUCAUAGCUACUGAGCAAGGACUUCUCAUUCGCUCUGUCCAAGACAGUGAUCGGGGGCUUUAUCACUGCAUUGCAACAGAGAACAAUUUCAAGCAGACCUUAGCAAAGAUCAAUUUCAAAGUGCUGGAUACAGAGAUGGUGGCCUACAUGACAGACAAAUGGUCCCCGUGGACCUGGGCCAGCUCAGUGCGAGCCCUGCAGUUCCACCCAAAGGACUUUGUGGGAACUUUCAGUCACUCUGAAAUGCAGAUGAUCAACCAAUACUGCAAAGACAGUAGACAGCAAGGUCAGCGGAGGGAAGAACCCCAGAAGAUGAGAGGAGACUACAGCAAACUAAAGGCCCUUAUCAAUAGCAGGAAAAGUAGAAAUCGAAGAAAUCAGUUACCUGGUUCUUAAUUUUAUUUUGCUGAAGGAGAUAUCUUUGUCCUCACUGUAGAGGGCUUAUAUUUGUCUGUUGAGAACAAAGUUGUGCAAAUACGAUGAAAAAUUAGAUGAAAUUACAACAAGCUUCAGAAAAGAUCCUCCUCCAAACAAAAUGCAGUGUAACUCAAGUAAAGAAAAGAUGUGGAGUUUUUCAGUCCUAGAUGCUUACUGGCACUAGGUUAGUCUAUGUCAUGGAAACAAAAAUGAGUGUUCUUCUUAAACCAGAUUCAUAUUUAGUAUCUCGUUAUUUAAUUAUAGUUGAACAGAAAUUUAGUUACAGUUGAACAAGCUCAGUGCAGCAUCUUGCAACUCUGGAGCAGUACCAGAAUGGUGGUGGAAGAAUCUGGAUUAAGAUGCACACCCCAAGUAGGGUGGUACUAAAAUUUCUUUGCACUGCAUUUAUGAACACGAAUUUCUGCUUGUUUACUAAUUAAUACUGGGUUUACAAUUUUCAUUCAUUCUUCAAAUCAUUUAGGUACAUGCAGAUAAGAUGCACGUAAAGUGUAAUAGAAAUGUGUCAUUCAUUCAGAGGUCAAAUGAAGGAAUGAAUAGAAUAAAAAAAAUAUGUUUUUAUACUUUGUCAGAGGAAACACUGAUUGUUGUGCAUAGUAUGAGUUGUAAUAAAUUAAUGAGUUCUGGAAUGUAACUUAAAAUAUCUCUGCUCAUAUUGAUUUUUGUUAAUAUACGAUGUUCUGUAACACUACAGAGCUUUAUAAGUGGUACAACGCUAACAUGAGAAUGUUCAUUAUAUGUACAAUUUUGAAAGCACCUAAGUGACUUGGGUAUUUUAGCUGUUUUCAAAGAAUUACACUCCUAUGGUUUGUUUUUCAAAAGACAGAAUGUGUAGAGUGUUUAUUCAAAAAAAAGUAUUUAAUCUAUUGCAUAGUUAAAUUGAGGUUGGCUUGCAAUAUAGAAACAAGUUAUGAACAUCUUUGAAAAUUUUAAAACUUAUUUUUUUCAGCUUCUCAACAUGGAAAAU